AUGUCGAUCGACUUCCCCAAGGAAGAGGAGGCCAUCAUCCAGAGAUGGCGCGAGAUUCAGGCGUUUGAACGUCAGGUCGAGCUGUCCAAGGGCCGGCCCAACUAUGUUUUCUACGAUGGUCCUCCAUUCGCGACCGGCUUGCCGCACUACGGCCACCUGCUUGCCUCGACCAUCAAGGACAUCAUCCCGAGAUACUGGUCCAUGAAGGGCUUCCAUGUCGAGCGCCGCUUCGGCUGGGAUACUCAUGGUCUGCCGAUUGAGCAUGAGAUUGACAAGAAGCUGGGCUGCUCUGGCAAGCAGGCCGUCGAAAAGCUCGGUCUUGCUGGGUACAAUGCCGAGUGCAGGGGCAUUGUGAUGCGCUACCGUGAGGAGUGGAGGGGCUUCAUUGAGCGGCUGGGUCGCUGGAUUGACUUUGACAAUGACUAUAAGACCAUGGACCCCAGCUUCAUGGAGACCGAGUGGUGGGUGUUCAAGCAGCUCUUCGACAAGGGUCAGGUCUACCGUGGCUACCGUGUCAUGCCCUACUCAACCGCCCUCAACACCGCGCUGAGCAACUUCGAGGCGAACCAGAAUUACCAGGACGUCACCGACCCCGCCAUCGUCGUGGCCUUCCCCCUGGUUGACGACCCCGAGACCAGCCUGCUUGCCUGGACGACCACCCCGUGGACCCUCCCCUCGCAUACCGGCCUCGCUGCCCACCCCGACUUCGAGUACGUCAAAAUCCGCGACGAGCAAUCCGGCAGGAACUACAUCCUGCUGGAGAAGCUCCUCACUACGUUGUACAAGGAUCCCAAGAAGGCCAAGUUCCAGGUCCUACAGAGGUAUAAGGGUAAGGAGAUGGAGGGUUGGCGCUACGAGCCGCCCUUCCGUUACUUCUACGACGAGUACAAGGACAUUGCCUUCAAGGUCCUCAACGCCACCUACGUUACCGACGACAGCGGUACUGGUAUCGUCCACCAGGCCCCCGCUUUCGGUGAGGAUGAUUACAACGUCGCCGUUCAGUAUGGCAUCGUCAGCGAGAAGCGCCCUCCUCCGGACCCGGUCGACGAGAGUGGCCACUUCACCAGUAAGGUGUCCGAUUUCGCUGGUCUCCACGUCAAGAAGGCCGACAAGGAGAUCAUCAAGUACCUGAGGAACUCGGGCAGGCUGGUGGUCGAGUCGCAGCUGAAGCACUCGUAUCCGAUGUGCUACCGCUCCGACGAGCCGCUCAUCUACAAGGCCGUGCCUUCGUGGUUCGUGCGCAUCCCCGAGAUCAUCCCCCAGAUGCUCAAGAACAUCGAGGGCUCGCACUGGGUGCCGUCCUUCGUCAAGGAGAAGCGCUUCGCCAGCUGGAUCGCUAACGCGCGCGACUGGAACGUCUCCCGCAACCGCUACUGGGGCACGCCCAUCCCACUGUGGGUCAGCGACGACGGCGAGGAGAUCGUCUGCGUCGGCAGCAUCCAGGAGCUCAAGGAACUCAGCGGCUACGAGGGCGAGAUCACCGACCUGCACCGCGACAAGAUCGACCACAUCACCAUCCCCAGCAAAAAGGGCAAGGGCGUGCUCAAGCGUGUGCCUGAGGUUUUUGACUGUUGGUUUGAGUCUGGUAGUAUGCCGUACGCCAGCAAGCACUACCCGUUCGAGAACCGCGAGGAGUUUGAGAAGGCCUUCCCUGGUGACUUCAUCGCCGAGGGUCUCGACCAGACCCGUGGUUGGUUCUACACCCUGCUGGUGCUCGGCACGCACCUGUUCGGUGUCGCGCCCUUCAAGAACUGUGUCGUCAAUGGCAUCGUUCUGGCCAGCGAUGGCAAAAAGAUGUCGAAGCGUCUCAAGAAUUACCCAGACCCGAGCAUCGUCAUGGCCAAGUACGGUGCCGACGCUCUGCGUCUGUACCUGAUCAACUCGCCCGUCGUGCGCGCCGAGCCACUUAAGUUCAUGGAGUCUGGCGUCAAGGAGGUCGUCGCCAAGGUGCUGCUGCCGCUGUGGAAUAGCUACAAGUUCUUUGAGGGCCAAGUGGCGCUGCUCAAGAAGGUUGAGAACGUGGACUACGUGUUCGAUCCGACCAUGGAGUCGUCGAACACCAAUGUCAUGGACAAGUGGAUUCUGGCCAGCUGCCAGAGUCUGCUCAAGUUUGUUGAGGGCGAGAUGGCCGGCUACCGUCUCUACACCGUCGUGCCGAAGCUGCUCGAGCUCAUCGACAAUACGACCAACUGGUACAUCCGCUUUAACCGCAAGCGCCUCAAGGGUGAGAACGGUCUGGACGACACCCUCCACGCCCUUAACACCCUCUUCGAGGUCCUGUUCACCCUGUGCCGCGGCCUGGCCCCCUUUACUCCGUUCAUCACGGAAACCAUCUACCUCAAGCUGCUGCCGCACAUCCCCGAGAAGCUCCGCGGUGAGGACCCGCGCAGCGUGCACUUCCUGCCGUAUCCGACCAUCCGGCAGGAGCUAUUCAACGCCGACAUCGAGCGGCGUGUGCAGCGCAUGCAGAAGGUCAUCGAGCUGGCCCGCGUCUCCCGUGAGCGCCGAAACAUCGGCCUCAAGCAGCCGCUCAAGACGCUCAUCGUCAUCCACCAUGACCCCCAGUACCUCGAGGACAUCCGCUCGCUCGAGAAGUACAUCACCGAGGAGCUCAACGUCCGCGACCUGGUGCUCACCUCCGACGAGGCCAAGUAUGGCGUGCAGUACUCCGUCACCGCCGACUGGCCCGUUCUUGGCAAGAAGCUCAAGAAGGAUAUGGCCCGCGUCAAGAAGGCACUGCCCAACGUCAGCAGCGAGGAGGCGCAUCAGUACUCGCUUACCGGAAAGCUCGUCGUCGACGGUAUCACCCUUGAGGCCGGCGACCUCGUCGUCAGGCGCGGCCUCAAGGAGGACGAGGCAUCCAAGAACCUCGAGACCAAUACCGACAACGACGUUCUCAUCAUCCUCGACGCCGAGAUCUACCCCGGCCUGGCCGAGGAGGGCCUGGCGCGUGAGAUCAUCAACCGUGUGCAGCGCCUGCGGAAGAAGGCGGGCCUGCAGACCACUGAUGAUGUCCGCAUGGAGUAUCGCGUACUGAGCGACCCGGAGAAUACGGGCAUUGAGAAGGUGUUUGAGACGCAUCACGCUAUGAUUGCGCGCGCGCUGAGGAGGCCGAUGGAUAAGCAUGAGGUGACGCAUGUGGAUGGGAAGAUUCCGGAGGAGAAGGAGGAAGGGUUAAUUGCGGAGGAGGAGCAGGAACCGGAUGUCCGGUGGUGGAAACCUGCCAAGACGCGCAAGCCACGCAAGUACCACGCGAAGCCACGCGCCAAGACGCGCUUUGGGCGCCUAGCCGAUCACACGGAUGCCUCGAAGCCUGUUCUUUGCCAGGAACACAUGUUUACGCCGUCUCCCAAGCCCGCUAGAGAUGGCAGGGCCGACACUACCACCUCUACCUUCCCCGGUGGCAGCAUUUAUAAUGAACCUAUUGAUGGUCACGAACUCGAUAUUGUCAAUGACGUUGUUGGCGCCGCUGAGAAAAUCUUACCCACUCUUCCGGAGCAUGAACAGUUCGCUACCAACGCCUUGUUCAUUGCUGCCGAGCGAGUUCUCCCGCGCUACGGCUUCGAUAUUGAGAAUGCUCCGCCGCACAUCUCUCGCCUCAUCUUUAAGAUUGGUGGGGAGAGAACUGGAGCCACCAUCGGCGACAAGUUCCGCAACGUUCUCCAGCACCUGACCAUCGGCAACCUUGACGCCUUCGCCGACUACACUUGCAUCAAGGAAGGGAACAUUGACAUCGUUGAGCUCGCCGAGAAGCACAAUCGCAAUAAAAAACCUGCUCCUUCUGUCACUUCUGUCACUUUUAGCUCUCCCGACACCUGGGAUGCCAGUGUCGCCGUUGUUCCUCCUCAGUCUGUUCGUCCGUCCGUCCGCCGGCGGCAUAGCAAUGCCUCGCUGCCUGAUGGACGUCCGGUCUCUUCAAGCAGCUCGGCUUCUUCUGCCACCUCUUCUUGUCUCAGCAACCAUCCCUGGUUGAAGGUCCCGGCCGAGUUCUACGAAAAGCCACUGUCUCAGGUUGUUGGUGGUCCCCGCCAAGGCACGCCCGUGAGGCCUAAACCGCAUCGCUCUGGCAUCCCCAUUCUCAAAUCACGUCGCGGUUCUCUUUCCUCCGUCCCGACUGUUUCAUCUGUUUCUGCCGCGGCUCCGACUCCAGCCCCGGCUCUUAUCAAGCCUGAGCCCCCCAAGGCUGACCAUGACGACCUUGAGGUCAAGCUCAAGAUGUUCCAGAAGAAGCAUGGUAUCACCUCCCGCCCUGUUUCCUUCAAGCAGUCUUCUGCUCCCGCUCCCUUCCGUCCCGAGCUGCCCAAGGUCGAUUACGAUGACCUUGAGGCCAAACUCAAAUCGAUCCGCGAAAAGCACGACAAUGUCCUUCUUGAUGCCUGCGUCGCGGAGUGGCAGGACGCCGCGGUCGCUCUUGCUGAGAAGAAGGAGUUCUCUGAGAAGCUCGAUAUGUACGAUCUUCUUACCGAGGCGUGCGAGGUCUGGCAGGAGGAGGCCGGCUUUGCACGUGACGCGCGUAAGCGUCGCGAGCACAAGGAGUGGGUCGACAAGAUGGAGCGCAGAGCUAACCGCGUCUACGAAAUUUGCACGGCCCGUGACGCUCUGGCUCGCUGGCAGGCUGCUGCCAAACAGGAGCGGGAUCGCACCGCAGUCGCCCGCAGGCAUCUCGUUAGGAAGCGUGCGUUUGAGGGCUGGCGCGACGAGCAUAUCCGCGUUGAAAACAAGGUCCGCAAGUUUCAGGCUGAUCACUAUCUAAAGAAAUGGGGUGAGGCUGCGCUCGAGAACGAGGUUCGUAAGGAGGUCGCUGAUCAGUGGAGGUGCCGCCGACUCUUGAAAAACUCUGUCAACUUUAUGUUGAAGGAGACUAAGGAGCGCCAGGCGGACAACGUUUACGCCAACAGCCUCGCCAAGGACGCGCUCGCUACUUGGUCUGAGAAAGCUAGAGAGCUCCAGGAGGAAGGUGAGGUCGCUGCUGCUGUUGACAAGCAUGUUCUCCUCGACGAGGCUGUUGGCAUUUGGCGCGAAGAAGCGGACGAUCAGCAAGUUCGGGCUCGUCUUGGACAGCGUCUUCUGCAGCUCAAGCAGUUGAAGCGUGGCAUGGACCGUUGGCGGGAGAAGGCCACCCUGGUCCGUCGUCUCAUUGAGUUAGAGCAGAAGAGGGCUGCUGAAACGAAGCAGGAAGUCCUCGACACCUGGAAAGAAGUCUCGAAGGGCCAGAAGACACAGGCUGAGAAGGCUGAUGCCUUUGCUGCCAAGGAGCAUGUUGAGCACUGGGAUCGUGAGAUGAAGCUCAAACUCUGGCGUGAGCGUGAUGAGCACGAGACCAAGAUUGCGGUUGUGGAGCGCUGGAGCAACGAGGAGAAGCUUGCUUGGCUCAAACGCCGUCAUGACACUCAAAACAAGAAAAAUGUCCUCAAUACUAUGCUUUUGGCCGCUCGGAAGGCUCAGGAUGAGCGUCUCCGUCAGGAAGAUGAUGCUGACGCUCUCAACGAGUACUACACUCAAGCUGGCGCUCUGAACACCUGGAAGAAGGCGCAUGAGAAGGCAGACAUCGGGCGGCAGAACGCUAAUCUUGUCAACCUCUACCGCACCGGAAAGCCUGCUGUGGACUACUGGCGUGAGCGUUUCAGGGAGACCAGCGCCCGUGGUGCCUACUGCAAGCGCGUCGCUGACAAGUCCCGCAAGCGCUCUCUCGUCAAGGGUGUGCUCGAGGAUUGGCGCAUCAACGCCAAGCAGGCUCGCCGUGAUCGCCUGAUGUCCAGACUUCGCCAAUUCCGCCGCCAGUACAAGGUCGAUCUCGCUCAGUCUUGUCUCGACAAGUGGCAGGACGCCGCCGCCGAUGCUCUUGACGCCAAGGCCGAUGCCGAUCAGAUCAACAUCGAGUACAAGCGCGCUGACAUAAACGAUGGUCUGGAUCACUGGCGCGACAGUGCCAAGCGCAACGAGGAUAUCAACAACAUCGCUGCUGAUGCCGAGCUCGAGGUUUACACCAACAAGUGGCAGGAUCGCCUUGACGAACAUCGCGAGAACAUGCAGGACGCCGUCGACUACGACGCUGAGAAGACUCGUGCUCAGACCAUGGAGAAGUGGGAAGUGCAGGCUCUCCAGCAGAAGUCCAAGCGUCACAUGGCCGACGGCAUGAAGGAUCGUUAUGACAAGCGUGUCGUCCGUCAGAUCCUGGGUGACUGGCAGCAGAAGGCUGUUCCCGAGUCCGCCAUCCCUCGUCUUGAUUUCCGUCAGAGCACUCUUGCUGCCCGCCGCGGUGUUCGCCAGCAGCUUUCACGUUCGACUGGUCCCAGCCAGAUUCCCACUCGCUCAUUUGGUUCUGAUCACCUUGCUGCCAGCCAGCCUGCGCCCCGCUCCAUUGUUUUUGGUCGCCUGGCUGCUAGCCAGACCGCGUCCCGGUCGACUGCUGCCUUUAACCCGGAGAAGUCUUCUUUGCGUGGUACUCGUCCUAUCCCCGAGACCCCUGCUAUCUCGACGGCGUCGUCCCGCAUUCCCAUCAGCAUCCGCCCGCAUGACCGUGAAAACGUUAACCCAAACACCAACACUCUCGCGAGUAGCCGCGCCGCCGUACCUGCCUCAGCGCCGGCACCGGUCGCGCAGCGUCCUUCGAUCCUUCGCGCAACAAACUUUCGUGCGUCAACUCGCACCGCGCCGUCCACGGUCCCUCGCGUGCCCACACCUCCCGACCUGGGCCCCAUGAGCGAGUUUGACGAGGAGCCGUUCGACCCCGAUAGCGACGGUGCCGAUAUGAGCACACCAACCAAAUUAGCGCGCGGUGGCGGUCCUGGUGGUUAUCGCUACACCACCACGCCAUCAGCGGUCCUCCCAUCGCCCUAUGAGCGUGAGCUCAGGAUGAGGUAUGGAGGCUUGGGGAAGAGGGGAGGUUUUGGAAGGAGUAUUGGUUUGGGUGGCAUUGGUGAGGAGAGCAGGGAGGAUUGA